CGGGGGUUCCGCGCUGCACGUCGGGAAAUAGAGUCCUGGGUAAUGUCAUCCGACUCUGCCAGAAGACAACAUGAUCGGAAAACACAGCCAGAGCCACACACUCACGACACAGAUGCAACAGCAAACCCCAUCGGGUAUCAGAAAUGAAACCUUAUCUACUUCAUUCUCGAGCGGCAUCCAAGCCAGAGGCAUGCCGGGAAAUGGAGUCCAGUUACCCGCCUACUCUAUGGGCUGUCGGAGACUUCCUGAGCCGGGUGCAUUCUGGGAAAUCGAGUCCGCACUCGCGAAUACUCAGUUCUUGAACUGUGAAGCACACUGGGAAAUGGAGUCGUCACCACGCCCUCACCGCAUUGCAGGUGUAGACGGGCUUAUAAAGCACGCGAAGAAAUGAAGUCUCAAGUGGUCCUCACACCCCAAGUACAUACUGUAACUGGAAAAGAUAGGGUCCUAAGAAUGAGCCUAAGCCGAUCCGUGACUGCUGGAAAAAGGAGUCCCAAGUGGCCACAUAUUGGGAAGAGAAAAACGUUUCCUCCCGGCGUUCUCAAAGGACUGGAUAAACAGUCCCGUGUCUCAGAACACUUGUUUUCAGAUAUCCUACCUUUCUCUAGUAAUAUGGUUAAGACCAAGAGGGAUCCUAGAGAAUCCAAAAGAAGGGGACCGGCUACAAAAAGCAGUUUCAGCUUUCCUGCGCCUGUUGAGGCGCCCCGUUUACCGACUAAUACCCGGAAGAAAAGAAGUAGCUCCAAAGGAUACUGGGAAACUGUGUGUGUGAUCAAAGUGCUGUCCUCUCUCUGUGCUUUACUUUACUUGCAGCCUGUGUUCGUACUAAUUGUUGGGGAUUUUCUGAAGCCUAACGUCCAGUCGACUCGGUCAGUUCCCGACUGCAAUUCUCACUGGACACGGAGACAGAUUAGGGCUAACGCCUCUUUAGACUACGUUAUCCAGAAGGCAAAGCGCGAGUACUUCCGUCCCCUUUGCAAGCCUGCACACUUCAUGCUCGGACUGGAGAGGGCGUUUCUGGAGCAGCACAGACGAAUGGAUGGCUGCCGCCCUCUGACGGCUGCUCGGAGUUGAAAAGUAAAAUUUAAGUCAAGCCCUAAGGUAUAGGACCAAGAAGUCUCACUCGGGUGUGCGGCAGAAUAUAACUGAUUAUUUAACCGCCAGAACCCGUGGGACCUGAGCAGUGGGCUGGUCUUUGCAUUGAGCUCCGUUGGGGCAUUGGAGGGCGAAUGUCAGAGAUGAUCUGUAAAAUGUUUCCAACUGUCUAAGAGGGUCCUAAAGAUGUUUGGAGGAAUUGAUGGGGAGCCAUGAAGAGAUAAAAGAAGUCUUUGAUAGACUAUAAGAGGCGGAAAACAAUUGUUUGGGGCAUGAUGGAGAAAUCUCAAGAGAUCUCUGUGAAAGGUAUGUGAGAGAAUGAGAAAUUACGAAGAUCUCCGAGCAGCCUGAACAGGUGAAGGAUGGCUAAGAAACACAAGGGAGAGACUUUGGAGUUGUGUGGGUUCAUGGGAGGAGGGCUAUUGUUGCGAAUGGGAUUUUAGGUGGAAUGAAUUCAUCUGUAAAAUGCCCUUGAAAGAUUUGAGGACUUUCUAGUUAGAAGCAAAGAUCUCAGGACCAAA